CAAACCGUGGCCUGUGACUGACCCGAUGACAUGAUGACAUGUAAUUAAUUUCGAUUGUUUGAGUACAAACUAUAAAUUAAAAACACUGAACGAGAACGGCAAGCAGUUCGCCUUGACGAGUUGGAGAAACGUUCUUGACCUUUUUACUUGACGAUAUGGCAACAUUCCUGAGCGUGACGGUGAUCUUUGUUUGUCUGUUGGGUUCGAGUAUUUCAUAUCAGGAAACGAAUCAGAGGAUUUCAAAGUUGAACGAGGUUUGUCAAAAGUAGUGAUUUUAAUCCCGCUGUGUUCGGCUUAUACUUGGAAAGUUAGUUUAAUAGAUCAGUAAAGAUCUAUGUAUUUACAGUGUUAAUACUCGCGCGUGUAGGCUAUUUCUGGUUGUUUAGUUUUCAAAUAACACCACUCGUAUUUGUUUGGGAUUUCAAAUGGCGCAUAUUAAACUGGCACGCGUUUAUUGACACGCAAUGUUAAACUAGAUAUACGCAAAAUUCAUUUGAAAGAAUCUAGGUAUUCACAUUGUGACGCGUGCGGGAUUUCAUUAGUUGUUACGAAUUAGUAUACGCUCAGAAUGCAUUUAGAUUUCAAAUACAAGUGACUCAGCGCACGAUCAUAGUAUCCCAUUGACAGAAAACAUAAAACAUUGUGUUUCCGCUAGUAGAGCAAUUUGUUAUAUUUUUAUAACAAUUGCGCAAAUUUGUUACUUGAACUUUAAAUAAUUUAAUCUGCGAUUAGUUUCUUAAUAUCACCUUAAAUUGCGCACCAUUGCGCAUAUUAUGAUAACCAUGCGGGAAUUAUGCAAAUAAACUAAAAAAUAAAUGUAAUUUUACUGCCAGGGUCAAGGAUCUAUUCUAUAAUAUAUGGGCUAAUCCAUUUCUUAUAUCAUAUAUACGUGAUCAUACGUCAUAGACCCAUAGUGGCUAGUUUAAAACGAUUUCGCCGAUGCGCGUUAAUGUUAAUUAAGCGAAUAUUUGAAGUGCUUUCUGCACAAACGAAGACAUGUGUUGUUGGUUUGAUUCUGAUAAAAUUAAGUAUUUUAUAGUUUAUACUUAAAUAAACUUACUUAUACCUCAGAAUUAAAUCUAUUUUGAAUAGACUACACAGUGUGCGUACAAGGUUAAUGUGACAUAAAUAAUAUUUUAGUGUUGUCUGCGCAAAUAAAAAUUGUGAGGUUGCUGAUAGAAUCAAGUAUUUACACUUAAUAAAUGGUCUAAUCUAUUGCCUAUAACUUAGAUAACGACAUAUUGGCUGGUUUUUAAACAAUUUAGAAUUGCGCGCAGUGCGCGUAUAAUGUUAAUGUAAUAAAAUAAAUAUCAUUAGCGUUUCGUGCGCACUGCGGAAAUGGAGAUUGUCUGACACAUUAAACUAUGUAGCUUGUUCACUAUAUCCGAGAAAAAUUCGAAGGCAGAUAUCGUGAGCAAGAUCAGACCACGGUGAUCAGACAUAAAGCUAUAAAAUCCUUUCAAGUGGGUGUUGAUGCUUCUGAUAAGGAAAUAUUUACAACUCUCGGAAAAACCACUCAACUUGAAAAUAACGACGGAACUCAUCAGGUUAAAGAAAUCCGCUCUCCUAUAUUUAUUACUUAUGUCUUGAAUUACACUCGCUUUGACGGUAGUGUAAUUGCGUUUCUUGCUUGAAGUUUACUUCAACCUUUUCAUCCGAUGUAAAGUUGUGUGGAACUCAGAUUUUACUCAGGUUUUACGAUUUUUCUAAAAAAGCAUAUUUCAAAAUCCACUUCAAAAUCUUAUUAAAACAUCUGUAAAGGUUUUCAUCAAGUACCUUAAGUUUUAAUUACUCUGCGGGCUGUUGAAAUAUCUUGAACAUAGUGUAGGGGCUAUUACUUGUCCAUAGGCGACGGAACCGGGUGGGCUAUGGGGGCUAGCUGAGACCUCCCAAAAGUAGAAGUGAAGGAACCGAGCACCACACACUCCUACCCUCAAAAACGAUCAGAGUAGGAUAAUUUAUUAUGAAGGUAUGAGGUUCGUUUCCUCCUGAAAUGUAAAUGCACAAAAUGACAUAGUUUCUGCACGCCUUUGAACUCUUUCACCAGAACGCAGGAGAUACCAUAAUAGGCCCACCAGUUUCAAAAUUUUCUGUUUAAUCCACGCAACGUACGAAACAAAUCUUUUGCCGCCUGUGUUUUAGGCUGUAGUAAUUCAUAGGUGGGUAAUGCAUGUUAAUAUAGUACAGCAGUCUGAAGUCUGCCUGUUGCCAGACCACCCUGAGAAUUGUAUUUUUUUAAACAUAUACACCACUCGAGUAUUUUGAUGUAAAAGUAAAGAAUUGGGGUGCGUAGUUUAAUUUGUUCUUUCUAUAAAUGCAUGUCACAAUUCUUGAUGUGGAUUGCAAACGAUCUGCCGGCCAACCUACCAAUAGACGCAUACUACCCACAACUAAAUCUCGCUUAUAUAUUUAAUUCUAUUAACAAUACCCCGUCUUGCAAUUGGCUUACAUGCUAACAUGCAUGAUAUUGGUUACAGCCAGAGUACACGGCACUUGACAUCAGAUCAUUACUUGAGUGCUUAGUGCGCAAUAUUUUUGGAAUCAAUAAUAUAAGUAUGUUACGUGAUAUUCAUUAUGACGCAAAUUAUUCACAUUUUAAGUUACUGAUAGCUUUGUUUGUUUUAAACUAUUCUCCUUAAACUGGUCCAGUCGUGUUAUUGCAGUAGGAAACUAGUAUACUUUGUCACUUCGAGAACAGCUGCGGUAUUUACACAAUGCGUCAGCAAGUUAAACUACAUUUUAAACAAGAAGUACCAGUUUUACAUGGCACUUAAAAAAUUGCAAUCAAACAACUACAUGUUGCAGGAAUCGAAACCCCAAUCGUAAAACCUUGAUCAGUUUUACUCUUAUUAUUAAAGACUACUAAUAUGUUGCGAAAUAUUAUAUAGAUAUUAAUUGCAUGACUCUAAAAUUAGUUAGUAAAGACUAAUAAUUUGAACUGUAAAAAAUUAUAUUUAAAACUAUUACCACAAUCACAAGUACUUGGCAAAUUAUCCGGGAUUACUUGAACCACGCCUUAAUUUUCAGUCGCGGAAUUUUACUAAUUACUGAUUUCAGAGAACGUUGUGUUGUGGUUCUUUAACGGCAUAAUAAUCGAAUUUAUAGACAUAUUAGUUAUUUUUACCCGAAGGCUUUUUAAUAUGCCCUAGAGUUAUACUUAAUCUUAACUUUUAUUAGAACUGGCAUGUUAGGUCUAGUGAUUAGCUAUGUUUGAUCACAAAGAUGCUAAAUAAAAGAUAAAGUCGAGUAUAAUGCAAUAGUUGAAUAAAUAGCGCUGUACUGUAUAAAGAUUUUGUGAAACUUAUUAAUAAUUCAUGAAGAAAACACAAAGAAAUCAUGAGAGUGAAGGAGUCGCUCAUGUUGUAAAUAGUACAUACAAGACUAUUGGCAAGAUUACUGAAGCGUCCUUUGUACAUACAUAGCCUUAAGUCCAUCCUCUAUCGUCAAAGCGUUUUCAAUCUUUUCAGGUAGUUCAGACACAAACCACGGCAGCUUAUUGUAUAGAAUACUACCUACACUGGACCGCCACGUUCGAGAUAUCUUUUUCAGAUAAUGCAGCCACAAACCAUGACAGUUUAUUGUACCUGUCCUUAUUAUAUGAAUGCCUCUCAUUUCCUGUUUGAGAACGCGCCUAGAAUAUUACUUAGAUGUAUGGCGUAAACAACUUUAUUAUAAAUGAGUCAAAAACAUCUACGAAUACCUUAAUCAGUGUCUUAAUUACACGUGACUCAUGAGCAACGGUCGUGUGCGAUCGUGCUUCGUUUAUUUAAAUUCUUAGUCCUAACCUUAUCUCUAUUUAUAUUCACAUCGGCUGAUGGUACUUAUUCGGGCAGUUUUAAUUUAAUAAAUUUACGCGAUUUCAUUUUUAAUUUUGCACCUAAAACAGUACAACACUAGAAAAUCACACUUUCCCGGCGUUAAAAUGACAAUGGAGUCUAAAAAUUUUCACCAAAGUGCUUAUUAAAAUUUUCAAGCCAUUUGAACUCGUAAAAUUACACGAUAAGUUUGACAGAAGGAUACCAAAUACAUAUUAUGCAUACUGUCAUAGGAAACAGUUUCUAAUUUCCCGUCUAACUAUCAGUAUUUUCUCACUACGCAAAAAAUUACACAUGGAUUAUUUUUCGCGCGUUUACGGUUUCGCGCGGACUACUUUUUCAUUAAUUGCGUGCACCUAAUGUCUGCGCGAACUCUAAUACUGCGCAAAUUUAAAUGCAAGUAAUUAAGGUAUUCAGAAUCACUUUGCAACUGAAACUUCAAUUAUUACAUAGAAUCAUUGCUCAGUAUGAAUAAAUUGCGUUUCAAGUUGCAUCGCGAAUGCAUCUCGCGCAUUUCCUUCAACGUCUUGUCUAAAAUCUGUCUGGUAAACAGUUUCACAAAUGAGUCACAAACAUCUUACAAAUUUUACAAAUUAAAGCUUUAAUUGCACACGCAAUUUAACAAACUGUGCAUGCAUUUAACAUACGGUGCGCAUCAGAAGGGGGCAUUUAAAUAGAUACUCUAUUUUCACCCUAUGACGCAUUAAUAUUUUUAAUCCAACAUACAAAAUUUGUCUAGCAGGAAAAACUCAGCACAUUCAUGUGGAGAUUUGGAUGGAUUUUAUCGAUUGUCGUUUUAACCAUUUCCGUCAACACCGCUAUUCAAUGUUAAGUUUAUUCAACUGGCAAAUCGCGAGGAGGCUAAUUUAAAACAAAUGUGUUCAAAAUAUGUUAGGCUAAUGGAGAAAACAUGUUUUGUGAGUGCUUGGAAUAGUUUUAUAUGUGAAGAAACGCCCAUAGUUAUAAUAGCAGACAAAAAAAUUUACCCAUAAUUUCUAAUUAGCCAUGUUCAAUUCAUGAAAAAAUAAUAGAAAGUUCGUACAUCUUCAUAAUUUAAAAGAUCCAGCACUUUCAAAAACCUUUUUCAUGUCGCUUUUUCAAGUCGGCAAGUAUUUCAUUAUAAAUAUCGCUCUCAAUUGAUAUCACACUGAUCGAAAAAGAUCGAUAUGCUGUAGGCAAGAAUUAAAGUUUUAUAAUUAAUCGGAUUGAAACAGAAUGUUACACAUGCACACGUUUAGUUUUCCCAGGGUCACUUCGAAAUUCCAGGACUUUUAAAAAAGUUUCCAACUUUCCAGAACUAAAAUAAAAAUGCAGUGCUUUCCAUGGCGCAUAGGAACACUGAUGCAUACAUUGCGCUUUGCUUUGCUGAGGAUUUCCCCGCCAUAUUUGAUUACAGUACAUAAUUUGCGCCAAUUUUUAGUCAAAAGGUAUGAUAGCACAAAUAAUUACUACUUUAGUUUUACAGUAUAAAUUAUAAAACUAGUUUCUUUAAAACUUAUACUGCUUGUGAUAUUAAUAACAAACUCUCCAUACAGACGAUUACUUUUUCCUUGACAAGUUUCCCUUGACACGCCUUGUUACUCCUGUGCAUGGAAUGCUAUUAAACAUUUAUCUUGCGUCAAAGCGGCUUCGUUUCCCAACAAGGCAUGAGAAAGUCUGCCAGCAUAGCAGGCAGGAAUUUUUUUUAAUCUCACAGGAAAUUUUUAAGGAAAAGAAAGAUAUCAAGAAUGAAGCUCGAGAAAUUUCAAAAAUCAGCAUUAAAGUAACAAACAUCACAAUUGGAGCAUAAAUACAACAAUCACAACAUAAAAAAACUGUAUCAUGUGGCAGUGCUAUAUACGACUGUCUGUUAUCAUGAUUCCGUGAUAUGAUACAUGUGGAAAACAAGGGCGUACUACUAUUAUUGAAUAGUGCAUGAAUACUGAUAUAAAUUCAAACAAAAUUAAAAUAUUGUUUCAUAGAAUUCCUUCAUGUUCCUAAUUCUAGUUAACCUAUAUUUUUCUUAAUAUUGAGGUAGUAUAUGACUUAGUAAGGUAUUUUUUGUGUUCAAUAUAUAGACCACAGUAAGACUUUUUUUAAAUGUUUAUUUCAUUAACAAACGACAUUUCGGAGAUUUACUCCAUCUUCAGGUAGGAUUACAAUUUGAAUUUAAACUAACAUGCAUGUUAGUUUAAAUUCAAAUUGUAAUCCUACCUGAAGAUGGAGUAAAUCUCCGAAACGUCGUUUGUUAAUGAAAUAAACAUUUAAAAAAAGUCUUACUGUGGUCUAUAUAUUGAACACAAAAUAUACUAAUAACAUGAGACUUAGGGAAAGUUCGUUCCUAAACACUUAGUAAGGUAGUAUAUACGACGCUGUUAUUGAAUUACAACCAAAAUUCAUAUUUAUAAAAAAAAUUGGCAGGAAAUUUUUGGUCUGGGAAGCCUGUUGCCAGGAAGAAAAAUAUUUUAUUAGGGCUUGUUUCCCAAAACCAUGGAGGUAUUUCGUGUGCAUAGCACUUGUCAAGUUCCACUGGCGGCCACACACACAAAUACAUUUUCGUUGUCAAAAAGCUGGCAUGGUUAAAAUGAUCAAUGACUAAAAUCCAUGGUCAAAACGUCGAAUAAACACUUUUGAAAAUGUUUACCGUUUUUGGAGUUACUAUUGUUUUGUAUUUAACGAAAUUAUGAUUUCAGACAUUUUUGACUUACCGAUUCCGCGCCCAACGCGUCAGUGGUAACAGAGAGACACUCAAUUCACCAUACCUAAUUUUAUGAAUUUCUUAUGACUACUUUCAGUCUAAUUAAGCAAUAGAAGGUCUGUCAGUGCGGAGAUCACUGGUAAAGGUGUGCGCAAAUCCUAUCCGAAACUGAUCCGAAUCCGAUCCGUUCGGAUUUCGGAACCAAAAUAUUCAUUUCGGAUCGGAUCGGAUUGAUAAAGUUGUUUCGUAGUCGGAUCGGAUCGGACUUCGAUAUCCGAAAUAAAAUGAAUUAUCCACGCAUUAUCGCAAGAAUUAAUUAUCCAUGGAUUUAUCAAAGCAUUAUCGCGGUUGUCGCUGCAUUAUUCGUUUGAUACUUCAAUUGGACGUCUCUUUGUCAGCUUCUUGACAUGUAUUUCUUGCUUUUAUAUUUAUUUGGUUAAAUAUUUCAACUUGAAUGAGAAAAUUAUUUUAUUAAAGAAUUCUUCGGAUCGGAUCGGAUUGGAAUUAUUUAUCAAAACUCGGAUUGGAUUCGGAUUAGACAAUUUCGGAUCGGAUCGGAUUUUAAACAUUGGGCAAUUGUCGGAUUAUAAACGUCCAAUCCGAUCCAAUGCACACCUCUAAUCACUGGUACCCCAAGGAAAUUUUACAGGCGACACCGUUUACAGAUAGACCGAAAAUACAACCACGCUUGGCCACUAAAGGCAAUCAAUCCAUGGCAAGACUUUUUUAACCAAAUCAGGCUUUUUUCCACACUAAAAAUAGAAAAGUAUACUAUCAUCCAAAACAGUGCAUUUGAUGCUUUUAUCGCACAUAAUUAUUUGGAAAACACUCGAAUAUUUUUAAUUGCAUUAACUGAUUUAAUUAAUUAAUAAAAAAUUACCACAGCAAAUGCAGUUAUCACUGCACAUUUUUACUGUUUAUCACUGCACGUGUACGCUUUCAUUUUUGAUCGCUGCACAAAUAGUUGGUUAUCACCGCACACUAAAAUUAGGUUUACCAUUCAGUCAUUCACAAUCUAAUUCAUCACCCCCAGUUGACACACGUUUGCUAUUGUUUUUGUUUUUCUUCUUCCAUACAAUGAAACCGACCCCGAAUCCAAAUUACCCCCAAGCACUACGCGUUCCAUAUUAGGAAAUUUAUCCGAAAAUCUUUGAAUAUUUUGCGCAUCGUCAAUUCAUUAAGGCGAUUUAGCUAUACCAUACCUGAGAGGACCACCAUGAUUUUGCUAAUAUAUUAGUUUAAUAGCGUACUGAUUGGAAACAGUUUGAAGAUUUGCAAGUGUGUGGGCUUGAUUUAAAUCAGUGUUAAAAAUAAGAUGAAGGGUAUAAUAUGGGCUCAUUGCAUGCAUUUAAAUGGCGAUUUAAAAUUAUUUGAUGUAAAGUUUCAUAAGCAGCAUUAUAAAUGCGAGUAUAGUGCCUAUAGUGGGGAUGCAUACUGAUAUAGGUUGAAUUUUUUUAAAAAUUUUAGUCGCCCAGUGAAUAAGAUCUGAUCGCCAAAUUUAAUAUCAUACAGGUCGUCCUAUAUGAGCUAUGUCAAUGAAGUAUUCACUUUGUAUAUAUAUUAUAGUCAAAAAUAUAGAUAACAUAAAAAACAUUUGCUUAAUAUGCUUGCAUGUGUGAUGUUACUCUGAGUGUAUAUCCACACCGGGCAAGCUUGAAAAAUAUGCCUGACCACGUUGGGAAUCGAACCUAUACGACCUUAGGAAUACCAGCCCAAUGCUCUGCCAACUGAGCUACGCGGUCAGGACGGUUCGAGUACAUUACACCAACACAGCAAAUAGUUGUUUAAUAUGUUGGCAAUUUUGAUGCAAAAGUAGAAUGAAAUACUUCUUCAUCACUGAGAUAUUUUAAGGCUUUGGAGUUACUUUAUUAUUUUAAGUUUUUUUCUCAGGGUCGCCAUGCAGAUGAAAAAUUUGGACGCAAUUGGCGACCCGCGGUGGUGAUUCAGCAGUGAUUCGACAGUACAGUAUAGUUGGCUUGCUAUUGGUUGGAGUUUUAAACUAUUAUCGCUGUGCAAUCAACACCCAAGUUUCACGUCCUUUAUACCAAGCAGUGUUAAGGCCUGAUUCCACGGGCGCUUUUUCUCGGCGAAAUGCGAAAUAUUUCGCCAGUUUCUUUUGAAUUGCGUCCACUCGAAUAAAUUAUUUCUACUUGAUUGCUCACAAUUCAAAAGAAACAGGCGAAAUAUUUCGCAUUUCGCCAACAAAAGGCGCUCGUGGAAUCAGGGCUUAAUACAGUAAAGAAGCGAAUAGGUCUUUCGUCACUGAGACUUUAGUGGAAAGACGAAGACUUCGAUCAGGGAUCGGUUGUACGAAAGCAGGAUAUAGCAGAAUCCACCGCGAAAUGUGAUUUUUUCAAAUAUAUAGUAUACAAAAAUUAAAGAGUUUUUUUAUUAAUUAGUGGGAUUCCGGCAUAUUCGUAAUUUUUUCACUUUUCAAGCAUUUUUUUACAACGGUUGAAAAAUUGCUAUUCGGUGGAUAGCGAUAUCCGGCCUUGGUACAACCGACCCCAGGUGAAAUGUUUUCGAAACAUUUGUUGAUUCUUUGUUUGGAAACCUGCUGAUGUUUCCUUUUUGCGCAAAUUAGUAACAUACUGUGCCACAGUCGGGUUUCUUCGUAAGAAAUCAAUAAAAAUAAAGCUUAUUAAAUACAGUCAAAACACUGCUAAUAUCUUCCUACUGAUAUAAGGCGAUUUCUAUAAGCCAAUUCAUACAGUCUUAACUGGGACGGGAUAAAGUUUAAGCCAAUUCAGACUACAUUUCAACUGCGCUUCCAGAUGACAUGUUCUGCUUCAGGAUAAAUUACAGUUGAAUUAUAAUGCGCGGGCAUUUGUGCACGCACAUUUUAAUUACUUGAAAAUACUGGCAUUUUAACAAUAUUUACCUCUCAAAACCCAAAAUAGAAUUUUGCUUGCACUGCCACAAAAAAAUAUGAGCCCUGUCAAAGUAUUCAGCUGUUCGAUCAUUACCUGUGUUCCACUUAUAGCCACAAUAGAAUUGUCAAAUCAUUUUUUGUACUGGCAUAUUUUGUCUUCAGUGUAAAGCAAAAUAAAGUGUAUCUCCUUCCAAUGGACCAUUUGCAUUAUAGACUAAAUUUUGAUCUAGACAAAAAUUUCAUCACAGCUUGAAAGAGCAUCACAAAAUUAGUAAUAUUCCAAAGUUUCGUUGCGAAAUGUUGUAAAAUGCGGAUAAUAUAGGCAUGCGAAGUUUACCGUUUUUCAGUCAUUUUGUAUUACGCACGGGAAAUUGACAGCCCAAUCGGGUGUUGGGGCAUCAAUUUCCCAUUUGUAAUACAAAAUGACUGAAAAUUGCAAAUUUCGCAGGGCUAUAUUAUCCGCAUUUUACAACAUUUCGCAACGAAACUUUGGAAUAUUACUAAUUUUGUGAUGCUCUUUCAAGCUGUGAUGAAAUUUUUGUCUAGAUCAAAAUUUAGUCUAUAAUGCAAAUGGUCCAUUUAAAGGAAUAAAGCGAAUCAAUCGUAAUACGGAAACUAAUUGUUCUUUCAGCGGAACGUUUUACAUAUUUAAAUGAUGCAUGAUUGACCAGUCCGAUACCCUGAUUAUCUCAGCAACAUGUUAUGAUUCAACAGCCUUGUCGUGGUAAACGCUGGUUUGCAGUGGUGUACCUUGCGCGAGGGGGGGGGGGGGACGCUGGUCAGUAAAACAAGGGAGAGGUCGUUGGUAAAAUGUUUAUUUAGUCUCUCCAUCAACGGCAUUUAUCAUGCUGCUGUUUCAGUUGGAUUUUUCAAACACCACUUUUCAAUAUAGAAUUUCAAUCAAAUUGAAUCACAUUGUAGGAUAUUGAACUUUUUUAGACAUCGAGGGGAGGGGAUAUAAGUGGGGCAACGCCCAUUUCGUGGGUAAUAAUGGCGGGUAAAAAUGGCUAAAUAUACAAACUAAAAGAAACAGCAAACUAUCACAACAGAAAUAUGCCAUGUCGUGAGUGACCAGUAAAGUUUGAAAAAGAACAAUUGAACCUCGAAUUUAACUGGGUUUUAAACUCCCUUGCACUAGACUACAGCGGUAAUAUUAUAAUUUUGGUGUGCUUGUCGAAGUAUGGAAUAUAAAUUAUCACUACCAAGAUAUCUUGAGAACCCUUCUGAACUUUUCGUAAAAUAAAGCGUCAAAACAUAUACAUUGAUAACGAACCACAAAUUCCAAGUUUUUAAACAAUUUGAACUUGCUGUUUUCGGCCUGGUCGCGUAUGUAAGUGCAUAAUUUUUUUCACAUUCCAACGCAUGUGGCAUACGAAAUAUUUCAAAAAUAGUGACAAUUAAUGUCAGAAAGUUCGAUCAUGUCAAAUUAUCGUUAAAGUUGUUGAUGAUAUAAUGUCGUCGCAUGACGCAAUCGCAUGUUUUGUUUGACACACACGGUCUGUCAAAGCCGAUUUUCGCUUAGCUAGUGUCAGCCGCAAUGGCUAGACCUGUUGUUUUGAAAAUCAAGCUGUUCAAUAUGCCCUGGAAUUUAUUCAGACCUGUUGUUCUUUUUGCUCACGUGAUGUUUUUCUAGUAUUAAUGCUGGAUUAAAAAGUGUGGGGGAGAGGGGCGGUGGGGGGAGGGGGAGGAGAUUAAUUUUUAUUGUUCGUCAUUGGAAAAUUCGUACUUUUCUACCACCAGUAGUAAUGAGAUGUGGCAAAUUUCACAAUAAUGAGAUGUGACAAAUGCAUGUGAAUAAUUAAUUGUAAGCCUGUUUAAAAACUCCAUAGAAAACUGUUUAAAAACAGUUAUGUGCUGUCUAGAUGCGGGAAAUGUUAUCUCAAGACAUCAAGAAUUUUACGGGGGUUAGUGGGAGUGGAGUUUUCUUCUUCCGGGAAAGAAAAUAGUAGACUAAAAUGCUUGUAUUAUUGUCGAUUUCAACUUACUUUCCACUAAAUACAUUGAAGAAUUAAUGUAAACACCCAACUCCAGAUGCUUUGCACCCUUCCUGAAUACGUAUCAAUUAAAAGGUCCCAUCUAUGAACCCCCUCCCCCCGCCGUUCCAGCGUCCCUGUGGAAGCUAGAUCCAUUCCUGAUUCGUUUCUGAGUUAAUAUAUUAUAUAUGAUUAAAAAUAAACUUAACAUUAUAUAAUCUUUACAGUCGAUUUCAGAUAACUUUGACCACAAAUGUUCCGAACUUCGCUGCGAAGUUCGCAAGUUCGUUGCGAAGUUCAAAAGUUCAUAAUGAGAUUCACAAACCAGUUUGUAAACUACGUAUUUGAUUGGCUUCUUUUACUUCAGGGACCAAGUCAGGGACUUUGUUUACUGGCAAAUUGGCUUGUGAAUUCCAAUAUUAACUUUUGAACUUCGCAACGAACUUGCGGACUUCGCAACGAAGUUCGGAACAUUUGUGGUCAAAGUUUCAUGAAAUCGACUGUAAUACUUUAUAGUCCUAGAGGUUUUGUAGAAUAAUAUUGUUUAAUUCAAACAUUAUAUGUCAAACGUCAACUGCAAAUGGGACAGUUUCGGUUCUAGUGACAUGUUAUGUUCCAUUUUCAAAGAUAUAGUAGCCUUUGCUGCCUUUCAACAUUGAAAUAGGGGGAGGGAGGAAUGAUUUCAAAAGUCUCAAUAUAUUUUGUGGACGAUUGUCUUAAAAAUUGAUAAGAGUUAGAUAAAAGCAGCCUAAUGAUUGUUUGAAAUUAUUCUUUGUACAUGUGUAGUCCCUGCCCUUGGACUAUAAAGUAUUACAGUACAACACGCCCCAUCUGAAAAUCAACACAUUGUAUUUUACAACUAUGUUGUGUAUGGCCAGCGUGGCUAAAUAAAUUUGUAAGUAAAGUAAGUAUUAAAGUAAGAGUGAAAAUAUGUUUAAUGCUAUAGUCGCUGUGUAAAAAUUUAGAUGGUAAUUGUUUCAAAAUGAGAUAAUAAAGUUUUGUUGAUAUUAACAAUAUAUAAAAGCUUUAGUCUCUCAAAUUUACUUACAUUUACAUCUCGUGAAGAUCUUGAUUUGUAGAAGUUGUAAUUCUAUCGUUGUCAACUUGUAUAUAUUCGUUGAAUAAUUCCAACAUAUUUGACUUGUUUGCUUGAUUUCAGUUUGUUUGCAAUUAGUUUUAGAACAAACAACAUCAUGAUGAUAUUCUCCGAUAUAAAUUAUAGUUUUCUUUCAAAAUGCCGAUAAAAUGAAUAAAUAUUUGUUAAAACAAAAAAGAUUUUAAUCAUCGAGCUUUUAAAUACACGUGUAAUUUUGAAUCGACCGCCAUUUUUUGUUUUUGUUGGGUAAUACCGCUGGACAAAAUGAUCGGCUUUUCGUCAUUUUUUGCAUAAUUUAUGCAAAUCGUUUUGUCUUAUUUGUUUUCGUUAGGAAUGUAGAAUUUCACGAUUCCACAGGUAACUUAGGGACCGUUGUUACAUAAAUUAAAUUGAUAUGAAAGGUUCUCAUUACCUACAGUAUAUCUAAACUUAAAAACGCGAAAUUCCGGGCUACUAGCAGGCUAGGAAUGACCCGUUUCGAGCUCAGGACCAUAGUCAGGUUAGUCAGUUGACUUCAUGAAGGGUCAUCGAAAUACUGAAGUGUUUUUAAUUUUUUGGAUAGUUCAGAACACACACCAUAGCAACGUAUUGCAGAAUACUAUCUACCCUGGACCGUUGAGCUAUGAGUUUUUCAGGUAGUUCAGACACAUACCACGGCAGGUUAUUGUAAAAUUUUGCCAAACUUGGCAUCCCCGUAUAUAGUAAAUAUAGUAAUUAACCUUUUCCCAAAAGAGAUAACAGUGCAUCUUGUGACCGUUUGGAGGGACAAAAUAUAUGGUGACGGGCGUCAAAUACGUGAAAGAGUAGAAGUAUCUACUAUCAAAUAUAUCAACUUUUUAGCCGACCAAAAAUGAAAUAUCUCCUUUUUUACAUUAAACUUUUAAUUAAAAUGUGUGCUGCCACAUUUUUUGUCCUUCCAACAUGGAAUUUGUGCGACUAGACCCAGGAGUUUGGCGAAGUGGUUAGCGCACUUGCCUUUCACCUCUAAGGCCGCAGGUUCGAAUCUCGAUGAGGACUUCUCAUUGUGACUGGAACCCAGUCCUAAUGUGAAAAGAGUAAGUCAACGCUCUGCCGAAAGUCGUGGGUUUUCUCCGGGCACUCCGUGUUUCCUCCCACAGGGAAAGUUGACAGGGUGGGUUAGGCACAUAACUAUGUAAAUGCACGACCACAUCAGCUAUGCUGCGAAUUUAAUCGUGUUGAAAUAAAUGCUACAAACAAACAAACAAACAAACAAAUGGCUAAUUUAUUUUUCUAUCUAUCUAAAAUUUAUCUAAAAUUUAAUUUUUAUCUAUUCUAAGGGAGCGUCAAACAGUGCAAAUAAGAACUGUCGCUCAGAUACAGACUGCAUCGAUGACAAAUACUGCCAUGAAUUUCAUCGGCUCUGCCUCAGGCGCCAGGAACUUGUAACGGUUGCGCCUGUGAAAACCUCUGCUAAGAGAUGCUCAGAAGAUUCAGGCUGCAAGAUAAUAGAAUAUUGCCACAGCUUCUGGAAAAUAUGCCUUCCAUCGCAAACAGUGCACAAUCAGCCACCGACCAAGCAGCCAUCGACCAAGCGACCAUCGUGGUACUGCCGCACAUCCAAGGAUUGUAAAAGGAACGAACAAUGUCACAAACGCUUCCGCGUUUGUUACACGAGGCCGGCAAUGUCGACUGUCCGACGAGAUACCGGGAAUUCCCGAAGAUGUGACAAGACAAGCGACUGUGGUACGAACUUCUACUGUCAUGAUCAUUUUCGUAUUUGUCUUGAACAUACACCAGCUGUUACACAAGCACCAAAGAAAACCACCAAAACCUGCAGUACAAACACUCCGUGCCCAAAAGGCAUGCUCUGCCAUGAUUUCUGGAAUAUUUGCUACACUCCCGCGCAUGUUUUAACUUUACCCCAGAAGAACAAAACACAGCAAUGUCAAAUUGACAGUGACUGCAGACCAGACGAAUUUUGUCAUACUAUGGUAGCAGGUCCCAUGGUUGCAAGACAAAGACGAAACAUUAAAAGAAUGUGUCUUCCUCGGACGUUUCGACAGUUUCCGAAGAGUGAUGGAAGCAAAACGUGCAAGACCGAUGCUGACUGUGGACCGAACAAAUCUUGUUUAGGAAAUCUGGGUGUCUGCAUGGCGUAUAAACUGCCUGGGGAAAUGUGCCUUAUAAAAAAGGUAAGGUUUGGUUCAGAAGAGAAUAUGUCCUUACUACGCUGCUUUUACUGUUGUCCUUGGUGGUGGUGGUGGUUGUGAUGGUGGUGGUGGUGAUGGUAGUGGUAUGGUGGUGGUGAUGUUGGUGGUGGUGGUGGUGGUGAUGGUGGUGGUGGUGGUGCUGCUGCUGCUGCUGGUGUCGUUGUCGUUGUCGUUGUCGUUGUCGUUGUCGCUGUCGCUGUCGCUGUCGUUGUCGUUGUCGUUGUCGCUGUCGCUGUCGUUGUCGUUGUCGUUGUCGUUGUCGUUGUCGUUGUUGGUGGUGGUGGUGGUGGUGGGUUUUUUGUUGUUUGUUGUUGUUGCUAUUGUUGGCCCUUACCGUGGUCUUAGGUUGUUGUUGAUCAUGUUUAUGAGAGACUAUGUCCGUUGUUGGUGCUGGUUUGUUACAGUUGCUGUCGUCACUAUUGUUGCUUUUGUACUUAUCGUUGUUGUAUUAUUGCGCUUUAUACUCACACCAUCAUAAUAUAUUCUAGACCGGUUUUGCGUCUCCCUGUGCGAGUGGAUCAUACUGCAAAUCAAGAGGCAAGUGGGCAUCCCCAAGACGAAUUAUCAACAAAAUGAAACUACCGCAAACUGCUGCAAAUCAUCUGUUGAAAGGAAGCAACAAAAAGAAACGUAAAGUUGGCAGAUGUACGCCAUCAUCGUUCUGAAGACGAAAGCCCGAAAUGGGUUGAAGAAAUCAGUCAGGAAAGAUAUAUACCAUAUUCUCAUGCAACGCAUUGCCUGCCACUGCAAUAAACAAAGACCACGUGUGCAACCGUUAAUUGGCACAAACUUUUGCAAAUACGCCAUUCCACAUAGACAUUCUCUGAAUUUGCUUGAGAGUGCACGAAACAGUAGCUCAGUCGAGACGCUAACAAUGUAAUCCAAUUUAAGUUAUGUACAGUACGUAGUUAAGUCAUUCAGUCAGCCUCGAAGUGGCAAGAUUGUCUUGUGUGCAUUUAAAAAAGUUCGGGAACUGUCUAUAAGCCAACUCAAAUUUCCACUGCGCAUCCACAUGAUGCGUUUUGCGUUGGUAUAAAGCCGGUUACAGACGAUCAAGUUUUCUACAAGUUUUUAUGUGACAAGUUUUAUUUGCUCGUCUGUACGCGCAACUACGACAAUUUUUUCUAUGACAUGUGCAAUUGUUCAAAAGCUAGCAUGCUAGCUUUUGAACAAGUGCACUUGUCAUAGAAAAAAUUGUUAAAGUACAAAAUUUGUUCGUCUGCAUGGGUCAACAAAGAAAACUUGUCAAAGUAAUCUGAGCAUUUGAUGUGAUUGGCUAGCAGACUAUUAGUAUUAUAAUUUUUCUGUCAAGGCGGCGAUAAACACUUUUUUCUGACACGUUCACACCAGUAAAUAAAACUUGUCAUAUGAAAACUUGUCAUAUAAAAUUUGUUGCCUAUGCACACGUGCACUUGGCAAAUAAAACUCGUCCAUAAAAACUUGUCAUAGAAAAAUUGCUCGUCUGUAACCGGCUUAAAUCGAAAAUGAAUCAUAACAUGUAUCCUGGAUAACUGGAAGCAUUAAAAUUUGCAUGUCAAGGUAUUCAACUGUUCAAUCAUUAUUUGUGUUUUACUUACAGUCACAAUGGAACUGUCAUUAAAUAACUUUAGCACUGGCAUAUUUUCCCUUCUGUGUACAACCAAUAAGCGCAGAAGCCCUGGGUACGAGGUUGCUUCUGUGUAUAGCAAAAUAAAGAAAGGUACACUUUCGAAUAAGUGAAUACAUUUUCGAAUUUAAAGCGAACAACUGUACUGUAUACGCAAACUAAAUAUUCUUUGAGAAAUUUUUGGCAUGUUCAAAUUAAUGAUGACUGAACAGUUGUUCCAAUUAGUCCAGUCUCAACCACAUUUAACCAGGGCGUUUGGAUUUAACUGCAAUUUAUCCCGACGUAGAACGCAUGCGCAGUGGAAGCUCGACUGAAUUGCUGCCUUAUUAUAUGUAUAAGCAUUUUUGUCCACAUAUUGUGUUUAUCACACUUUGUAAAAUGCACAUGAAUGAAGUUGUUAAGCAAGAAACUUUAAUAUAUAAAUAUAUAUAAAAAUAUAAACUAAUGUCACAACAUAUCGUUAUAACCUUAUUCAGAAAUUACCUUGUAAAUUAUAAUUAGUCAUAUAUUUAAUUAAUAACACAAUUAGAACACACUCGUCUACAUUGAUUUAUCAAUACUGAAUUGUGAAAAGAUGGAAUUUGCUGAUUCAAAUAAUGCUGGGUAGUUCAAUCAGUUAUAUUAAAGGGAAAUAGAAAUAACAAUUAAGUUUCCCCCAUUUGGAAGAGGCAUUUAAUAUAGUUCAAAACCUUUUUGCAGAUUUUCUAUAUCGUUCUUGGUAAAUAUAUUAAUUAUACUUGCCUUUUCCCGCCAUCUUGGAUGUGCGUGAAGUAAAGGUUUCCACUGCUUUCCACAAGUUGCUCGGCAACUUUUUGGCAACUUUUCAUUUUAUGAGC